AUGUCCACAGAGUAUGAUCACGAAAACGGUCGCUAUGACGACGAGCCUCGCUUCUCUCGCGACGAACGCAGCGCAUCUCCUCGCGAUGAGCCUCGUACCGACCGCGCCCGUAGCCGCUCUCCCAAUGGUCGCGCCGAUGACCGGGCUCCUAUCGAACCGCGUAAGCCUCUUGAGGAUGAGGAGGGUGCGGUCAACACUGGCUCCAACCUUUUCGUCACCGGCAUUCACCCCCGUCUGACCGAGUCCGACAUUUCGCGUCUUUUCGAGAAAUAUGGUGAUGUCGAGAGCUGCUCGAUCAUGGUCGACCCUCACACCAAGGAAUCUCGUGGCUUCGGAUUCGUCAAAAUGGUGACUGCGGAACAAGCCGACGCUGCCAAGGAAGGUUUGCAGGGUGAGGUCAUCGAGGGCCGUACUCUCAGCAUUGAGAAGGCUCGUCGUAGCCGCCCUCGCACCCCGACCCCCGGCAAAUACUUUGGACCCCCCAAGCGUGCAUUUGCAGACUUCCGGGGCGGUGGCCGCGGCGGACGUAGUGACCGCUACGACGACCGACGUGCCCCUUACGGAGGCAGCUGGCGCCGCAACGACGACUACCGCUAUGGCCGCUACGACUCUUACAGUGACCGCCGCGACUAUGGCGGCCGUGGUGAAGGCCGCGGUGACUACCGGGAUUACCGCCGUGACUACCGGGACGACUACGGUAGCUACCGUGGAAUCGAUCGUUAUGCUUCGGGAGGACGGGAAGACCGGUACAGUCGCGAUGAACGCCGCGAUGACCGCCGCGAAGAGCGCCGUGGCUAUUAUGAUCGCGAUGCUAACCCUCCUAGUUACAGCCAUGGUGGUGCUCCUCCUCCUCCUCGUGAGGCUUAUUCCGGCGGCGGCGGUGGCGGUGGCGGUCGCUCGUAUGAACCUCGUGAAGACCGAUAUGGUAGCAGGUAG